AUGGAUACAAAUUCGAUUAUCACAAAAGGUGAAUCAGAAUCCGUCAUCGUGGUAAAUGAUGAUGUUAAUGGACCACCUGUUAUUCAGAAAUUCUUUUCAAAAUUGAAUAUUAAUAUUGAAAAGAAUCGAUGGACUUGUUGCUGCAAUAUUUGUUCAUUAUCAGUUACAGAUACAUAUAAAACAACUUCGAAUUUUUUAAAGCACAUAAAAACUAAACAUCGAUUAGCAUUUGAUGAAUGGAAAGAUUCGACCAAUAAUAAACGUCAACAGCUCCUCACCAACAGUCUUAUUCGAAAUCUUAUUAUUAAUAUGAGUCUUCCAUUAUCAAUAGUCGACAAUGAAUCGUUUAUGAAUUUUAUGUUAGAUGUUGAUCCGAAGUACAAAAUGAUUAAUAGACGUGAUAUUACACGUUCGUUUCUUCCUAUUAUGUAUAAAAAAUGUAUAAAAAAGCUACAGGACAUUUGUAAUCGAUCAAAAUAUGUUAGUCUCACUCUUGAUAUAUGGAGUGAUCGUAGAAUGCGUAGUUAUUUUGGCAUUACACUUCACACAAUUAUUGAUGAUCAAUAUAAAACUUAUGUUCUUUCGUUCGAACGUCUAAAAGGUAAACAUUCUGGUGAUAAACUUGCUGCUGAAUUUGAUCGUGUUAUACAAAUGUACAAUUUAAAGGAUAAACUUGUUAGAAUAGUUACUGAUAAUGCAAGUAAUAAUCAAGCUGCAUUUGAUAAUCUUAUAUUACCCGGUUUUGAAGAAUAUUUUAAUGAUAUUGAUGAUGAUCAAUCUGAACGUGAAACAAGUGAUGAAGAUAGUGAUAAUAAUGAAUUGUACGAAAAUAGUCAAUUACAAGCAGAAGAAGUAGAUGAUGACAUAUAUGGAACAACACUUAAUGCACCACCUGAACAAGAAUUUUUACGAUUACCAUGUUUUAGUCAUUGUCUUCAACUUGUUGUUAAUGAUGGAAUUAAAGCUGCUGGUGGUGCAUUAUCAUCUCUUAAAAAAGUAGCUGAUCUUGCUAAACU